AUGGCCCCCAAGAUUGCAAUCGUUUUUUACUCGAUGUACGGUCACGUCAAGCAGCUGGCGGAGGCUGAGAAGAAAGGUAUCGAGGCAGCGGGCGGCACGGCCGACAUUUUCCAAAUUGCAGAGACUCUCCCUGAGGAGAUUCUGAGCAAGAUGUAUGCUCCUCCCAAGUCUGGCUACCCAAUUGCGGAGCCUACAGAUCUCUUGGACUAUGACGCUAUUAUUUUCGGUAUCCCCACACGCUUUGGUAACUUCCCUGCUCAGUGGAAGUGUUUCUGGGAUAAGUCCGGUUCGAUCUGGGCCUCUGGCGGCUACUGGGGCAAGUACGCUGGCAUCUUCAUCUCAACUAGCGGCCAAGGUGGUGGUCAGGAGUCGACUGCUAUUGCCUCAAUGAGCACCCUCGCUCACCAUGGCCUAACUUAUGUUCCCCUAGGCUACAAGAGCACCUUCUCGCAGUUGACAAACCUUGAAGAGGUCCACGGCGGUAGCCCCCGGGGCGCUGGUACCUUCUCUGGGGGUGACGGCUCACGCAAACCUAAUGGUAGCACGGAGUCAAAGCUUGAAGACUUGACAUCUAACCCCAUAGCGGGUGCAACAGGUUCAUCUCUGUGCUCGCAGGGACAACGGGAUAUCAAGAACUCAGACAAGAAAGACUUCUACGAGGGGCCGUGUGGCCUGCGCAGAAAGUGUACAAUUCUCUAA